CCCUCUCUUUCUUCGCUGUGUAUUGCACCCCCAUAGCUGUGAAAGAUGCGAGAGUUUGUUCUCGAAGUAAAAAUACUGAACCUUAGGAGUCUAUUCAUAGUGGAAUCGAAGCUUGACAACUAGAAAUGGGAGUCGACUGGCAAGGAAUCGAUUAUUUUGGAUUCGACUCCCCACCACUACUCUACUGACGCAACCAAAUGCUUGAGAAACAGGACUAGGCGCGACAGGUAGCUAGCUAGCUAGUCAAGAGAAACUUAAUGUAAACAAUUUAACAUGGUGACCGAGAGGUGAACGACAUAGCAACAUGGUCUUCGAAAGCGUGGUGGUAGAUGUCCUAAACAGGUUUCUGGGGGACUAUGUUGUGAACCUUGACACCUCACAACUCAAGCUCGGGAUUUGGGGAGGUGAUGCUGUGCUCAGAAAUCUUGAAAUAAAGGAAAAUGCCUUGAGUCAACUUGACAUUCCUUUUAAAGUAAGAGCCGGACAUAUAGGACGUUUGGAGCUGAAGAUUCCAUGGAAGAAUCUGUACACCCAGUCAGUGGAAGCUACACUGGAUGGAGUUUACCUGCUCAUCGUGCCCACAGCCAGUAUAAAGUAUGAUGCAGAGAAGGAGGAGAAACAGCUUCAGGAGGCUCGUCAGAGGGAGCUGCAGAGGAUCGAAGAGACCAAACAGAAAGCAGCGGAACAAGAAAACCCCGCACUUGAGAAACAAGACACCUUUGUGGAGAAACUGGUGACACAGGUGAUCAAGAACCUUCAGGUGAAGAUCUCCAACAUCCACAUCCGCUAUGAGGAUGACGUCACCAAUCCCAAAUGCCCAUUAUCAUUUGGAAUGUCUCUACAGAACCUCAGCCUUCAGACCGCAGAUGAGAACUGGAAACCUUGUCUUCUGAAUGAGAAAGCCAAGCUGUUUUUCAAGCUUGUCCAGUUGGACAAUCUCUUUGCCUACUGGAACGUGAACUCAAUUCUGUACUCCAAUCACAUGCCAGAUGAGGCCCUGCGAUGCCUCCAGAACAGCAUGGAUAUCUACAGUUCCACCCCCAUGAAACACGAUUUCAUUUUUCGUCCGAUAACGGCCAAUGCGAAGCUGAGCAUGAACCCCCGGUCAGACGUAAACUUCUCUUCACCCAAGGUAGACUUGGUAGUCAACCUGAGAGAGGUGGCCGUGGAGCUGAACAGGCCACAGUAUAUCAGCAUUCUGGAGCUCCUGGGCUCGGUGGAUAUGAUGUCACGCAACCUGCCAUACAGGAAAUACCGGCCGCAAUUCCACGUGCACACCAACGCCUACAUAUGGUGGCAGUAUGUGAUUAUGGGCAUCAUGGAGGUGGACGUGAAGCCACGGCUGCACAUGUGGUCGUGGCAGUGCAUCCACCGCCACCGGCAGACAGUCAAGUGUUACAGAGCGCUCUACAAGUCCAAGAUCACCAACAAGAAGCCCACUGAGAAGCUGCUCAGGGAAGUGGAGGAGACUGAGCGGACUCUGGAUAUUUUUAACAUCACGCUGGCCAGGCAGCAAGCUGAGAUGGAGGCGAGCAAGGCGGGUCUGCGUAUCUUUCGUCCGGGGGUGAAGGUGGAGGAGGAAUCUCAGGGCUGGUUGGGCUGGAUGUGGUCCGGCUGGUCAGGAGAUGACGGCGCCAAGUCCAAGGAGGUCAAGACCGGAGCUUUUGGUGAGCUUAUGACUCCUGCCGAGAAGGCCAAACUCUACACCGCCAUUGGCUACAGUGAGGUAGCUGUCAAUCACAACCUGCCAAAGAACUUUGAGGACAUUAAGAUACAUUUUCACAUGAAGAGGAUGUCUUUCUCAAUGAAAGACAACAAGGAUCAGAAUGAAAUCCUCAAGGUCACAGUUGAAGACCUGAAAUCCAUGCUGACCCAGAGGCCCGGAGCACAAGCCAUUAAGCUGUCGGCCCAGCUUAGUCUGUUUGAGGUGAAAGGACUGGCCAAUAAUCGGCCGGCGCCCACGCUGCUGUCGUCGAGGAAGGCUGCCACGGUAACAGGGACCCCCCUACUUGACAUCCUGUUUGAGACCAACCCUCUGGAUGAGAGUGCUGACCAGCGGCUCCACGUCGAGUCCCAGCCUCUGGAGAUCAUCUAUGACGCUGUGACGGUGAACAGCAUGUCUGCGUUCUUCUUGCCGCCUGAUGACCUCCAGCUAGACGAGCUGACCAACGCCACUCUCAUGAAGCUGGAACAGUUCCGAGACCGCACCUCCACAGGGCUGAUGUACGUGAUUGAGACCCAGAAGGUUCUGGAUCUGAACGUCAACCUCAUGGCCUCCUACGUGAUCGUGCCCCAAACCGGCUUCUACGACUCCACUCAGAACCUCAUGCUAUUGGACCUGGGUCACUUCAAGGUGUCUAGUCUGAGUAGAAAGGGGCUACCCCAGCUCUCUGUAGGGAGCAGGACUAUACAGGACAUCAUGUCCCAAGCCUACGACAGCUUCAACAUCAAGCUCAGCAGCCUACAGUUCCUCUACAGCAAACCAGACGGGGACUGGAGGAAAGCCCGUAAGCUGAAGCAAUCGGCCCUCCACAUCCUGGAGCCUGUUGAUGUCAAGGUGGUGUUCAGCAGAGCCAUGGUGGUCACAGACUCACGCAUGCCCAAGUUUAAGCUCUUCGGGGAGAUGCCUCUCUUGUCUCUGAGGAUCUCUGAUGAUAAGGUGCGGGCCGUGCUGGAGCUGAUUAACAGCAUCCCGCUGCCGGAGAGCAGGCCGGCCCCGCGCAGCACCAACACACACUCUACACCUAAGGCUCCAAAGCAGUCGUACACCCCUCAGCUAACCCCCAGGCAACCAACCAUGGCUGAACUGCGCAACUCCCUCAUAUGGGAAUCAGGCUCAGAGGAGGACCUGUUCUACGAUGCUCCCAGCUCUCCUAUAGGCGACAGUCCGUUCUUCCCCGACAACAUGCCCAGCCCCCUACAACGCUCCGACUCGGUCAAGAGGAGAGGUCUGGUCAAGAAAGACCCCAAGAAGAACAUGACAGAGUUCCUCAUGACGUUUGAGAUCAACAAGCUGUCUGUUCAGCUGUGUCGUCUGUCUAGAGGCCAGGAGGUCACAGUGUUACACCUGGACGUCGAGCGUCUCGGCACCGAGCUAAAGAUUCGCACCUUCGACAUGACAUCUAACACCUUUCUACGCGAGAUCUGCCUAGAGUGCUCAGAGUAUAUGGAUUCAGAGGAGAAGAAAGUGCACCUGAUCACCACUCUAGACAACACAGAGGAGGACCUCCUCACAUUGGAGUACACUAAGGCUGAUAAGAACGGGCCAGAAUUCAAGUCUCAGUACAAGAACACUGAACAAUCAGUAAAGGUGAACUUCUCAUCUCUGGAUGUACACCUGCACACGGAGGCUUUGCUCAACGCCAUGAACUUCCUGAACAGCCUCCUCCCCCCGACCAAGGAGGCGGUGCCUAGCAAGGAGGAGCUUCCCACAAUCGCAGAGGAGGACGAGGGAGAGGGGGAGGAGGGAGAGGGGGAGGAGGGCGAGAAGGAGGAAUCGGCCGUGGCAAAAAGAACAUCUUCUAAGAAGUCAAAGUUUGAGGACGUGGUGAAUUUGCACAUCAGAGCUGAUCUCAACUGUCUGAAGGUUUUCAUCCGAGGCCAUAGCCACAUGAUAGCAGAGAUCUGCAUUGAGGGCCUGGUGUCGGAGGUGCUGAUGAGGAGAAAGGCGGUGGAGGUUCUGGCCAACCUGAAGAACAUAGUCAUCCUGGACUGUGAUAAGGAGGCACUGUACAAGCAGUGUGUGUCCAUAGCUGAUAAGGAGGUGUUUGCUUUCCGCAUGGUGAACCACACGGACGCCACUGAGGGCGAUGCCUAUCUAGACAUGGGUAAAGUGGACACCAGAAUCACCCUGACGGUGGGCUGCAUCCAGGUCAUCUUCCUCAACAAGUUUGUCUCCUCCAUCCUGGCUUUCAUCAAUAAUUUCCAGGCGGCCAAGGAGGCCCUGGCUGAGGUGACGGUGCAGGCAGCGGAGAAGGCAGCCACAGGGGUGAUGGAGCUGGCUGAGCGCAGCGUGCGCAUCUCUCUGGAUGUAGACUUCAAAGCUCCUCUUGUCUUCCUGCCGCAGUCGUCGUCCUCCACCAACGUCACUGUGGCUGACCUCGGUAUGGUCACGGUCAAGAACUGCUUCGCCUUGGUCGACUCCCAGACGCAUGUCAAGAUCCCUCCCAUCAUCGACACCAUGACCGUGGUCCUCAGUGACCUGAAGAUGUACAGAACCACCUUUGAGAAGGGGAGAUUUCAGGGGGAGAUCCAGGUUCUGAAGCCGGUCAACCUGGACCUGUCCAUCCAGAGGAACCUGUCAGCCUCCUGGUACCACAGCAUCCCUGACAUAAAGAUCACUGCCCACCUCAAACCUAUGAAUCUGAUCCUGAGUCAGGAUGACAUGACGGUGGUGUUGAGGACUCUGGGUGAGAACAUGUCAGAGACGUCAGACGCUGUUUCCCCUCGUCCUCCUCCGUCUACAGUGGAUCACUCCGACACUGCCACUACAGGAGGUACUGGUACUAUCUCCACCAGCGGCAACAUAGUGGUAACUGCUGCAGUGGUCGAGACCCAGAAGAGCACUAAGCUGAAGAACAUACUCAAAGUAGACUUCAAGUUUGACUCCAUGACUCUGGUCCUGUACAGCCCCAAUGGGACUGAGGUGCAGGUGUUGGACUCCAGGGAUGAUCAGCUGAUGCUGGCUGAGUUCACCUUGGGAACUAUCUCUACAUCUGUCCACAUGUUCUCAGACGGAUCCAUGAAGGCCUCCGUCAAACUCACAGACUGCCUGCUAGACGACAAGAGACGCAGAGUCAAGAAUAUCACUGCCAGGAUGAUGGCGAUUCGUCCGAGCGCUGAGAGGAACGUGAUGGUGGAGGUGAACUACAAUCAGGGGCGUGAAGGCACCUCUCUGGAGACGGUGGUGCAGGAUGUCUACCUCUGUGCCAGCAUGGAGUUCCUGCUCACCGUGGCCGACAUCUUCCUCAAGGCCAGCCAACAAGGUUUCUCCUCAGCCGCCCCCAAGAACAGCAGCACUAAACCCACAGUUACAGCCACCGCCGCUUCCAAGGAACCUGCUCCAGUGGCAGUCAAGUCGGAGAUGAAUGUUCUGGUGAAGAACCCAGAGAUUGUCUUUGUGGCUGACCUGACGCGUGCCGACGCCCCAGCCCUGGUCAUGACCAUGGAGUGCGAGCUGGUGAUGAAGAGCAACCCGGAUGGUCAGCUGAUGACGGCAGUGGUCAAGGACCUGAAGAUAGUGGCCUGCCCCUUCCUGAGGGAGAAGAGGAGGAACAAGGAGACCACUGUGCUGCAACCCUGCCAGGUGUUCUUCAAGAGCGCACAGUCCUCCACCUCCCCGCAGGCCAUGGAGGUCUCCAUCAAGGCACUGACACUCAAGGUGUCGCCCAUCAUCAUCAACACAGUGAUCACCAUCCAGUCGGUGCUGAGCCCGGCCGGUGCAGACAUGCCCCAGUCGGAGCUGGAGAGCCCCGUGCCCCCAGACCUGUGGGAGCGCCGGUCCUGGCGGGAUCUCAAGCUGUGGUUCCUGGAGGAGGAGGGUAAAGACGAGGAUGCCCAGUCCCUGGUCCGGCUGAUUCCCCAGGGUGAGUCCCUGCAGUUGGCCAUUUCCUCCAUCUGCCUGACCCUGGAGGCAGGGGUGGGCCACCGUACCGUCCCCAUGCUGCUGGCCAAGUCCUCCUUCCACGGGGACGUCAAGAACUGGAGCACCCUCAUCAACCUGCACAGCCAGCUCAACCUGGAGGUUCACUACUUCAACGAGGUGAUGGGGGUGUGGGAGCCUCUGCUGGAGCCCCUAGAGGACGAGAUCAGAGACGGCUUCAGAUCCUGGACUCUGGGAUUAAAGAUGAAGAAGAAGCCAGUAAAGUACUCAGGUAUAUCAGAUGAAGUAGACUACAGCAUCCCAGACUACAAGACUAUCAUCAGCAUCAGCAGCAAGGACCAGCUCAACAUCACCCUCUCCAAGUGUGGACUGGGCAUGCUCAGUAACCUGGGCACGGCCUUUGCGGAGGCGGCCAAGCAGACAUCAGAGUGUUUCCAGGAGGACGAGGCGCCGUUCGUGGUGAAGAACCGUCUGGGUCUGACUGUGUCAGUGGUGUACAGUGAUAUGUUCUGCCCCCUGGGCUGUGAGGCCACAGAGAACCGUGUAGAGCUGCAGAACGGAGAGAGUGUCAACAUGGACUACCGUCGCACCACCACCCACUCAGACCAGUUCUCUGCCAUGACCUCGCUGGUGGCCAAGGACUACUACAUACAGCCCACUCCGGCGGGCCACACUUCAGCCAGCAUGAUCCCGUUGAUCAAAGUGGGGCGUGGUAUGUACAGUGUCAUGCACAAAGUCUCUGGGGUCACCCGCUUCCUGGUCUGUCAGAUCUACUCUGUGCAGGGAAGCAAGCACAUCAAGAUCCGCUCUCCCUUCCAGAUCAUAAACCACUUUUCCAUCCCGUUCAGAGUGAUGGAGGGCUCCAUGUGUCUGGGGAUGUCAUUACCUACAGAGGAGUUCUGCGUGCCUCUCGACUCCUACAGGUCAAAGUUGAGCCUGCAGCCGGUAACCGAAGGAGACAAUCAAUAUGAUUCUUCCGAGGGCUUCAGCUACGAGUCAGUGAGUCAGCAGCCUGGCGCACGUGUACAGCAGACCUGUCAUCGACAUGGCAACAGCGCCAGCGUGCUAAUGGUCAACAUCGUACCUCUGAAAGACACAGUGACAUCACAACACACGGGAGUGGCCGGGGAGCACUUUGAUGAGCCCUACAUCCUGCACCUGUGGCCCUCCGUCCUGCUCCGGAACCUUCUACCCUACCCCAUCACCUAUCGCCUACAGGAUAGUGAAGAGCCCACCCCCAUCACAUUGAUGGACGGCCACUCAGCAGAGCUUCACACCGCCGUCAUGGACCUGUCAAGCCUGGAACUCCACCUCCUCAACUACCUGGGGCAGGAUUGGAAGGCCCACUAUGGUCUCCGUGGCGACCAGGACGAGAUCACCUUCAUUGUGUUCCACUCCCUGCGCGAUGAAGAGGAGGAGGUUAGGUUAGGGGAAGGUGGAGAAAGGAAGCGGGCAGAGCUGGACAUUGCGGUGCAUGUGAAGUACGAUGCGGGCCUGACUGAGGUGGCCAUCCAUUCUCCCUACUGGAUGGUGAACAAGACGGGUCGCCUGCUACAAUACAAGGCCGACGACAUCCACCGCAAACACGCCAUGGACUAUGACAUGCCCCUGCUCUUCUCCUUCAAGCCACGCAACUUUCUGCACAACAACAAGGUGCGGCUGAUGAUCUCGGACAGCGAGCUGUCUGAUGAUUUCUCCCUGGAUACCGUGGGUAGCUAUGGUGAAGUGAAGUGCAAAGGGAGGCUCAAAGAUUACCUGAUCGGGGUGAAGAUCGACCCCAGCAGUUUCAGCCUGACCCGUAUCGUGAGCUUUGUGCCAUACUACCUGUUGGUGAACAGGACCAAGCAUGUGAUCUGGGUGGGAGAGGAGGGCCAGGACCACUGGACCAAGGCCAAACCACACCAGGCAGCCAUCCCAUUCUGGCCAGAGAAGGACUCCAAGAAGCUCAAAAUCAAGGUAGAAGGCUGUCAAUCAACCCCUCAAACCAUGGACUUCACCAAACCAGAAAACUGCCUGUUGCUGCACCUGGACAACACUCUGGGCGGAGUCAUUGUGGACGUGAACCUAUCAGACCACUCAAUCAUUAUCCGUUUUUCGGACUACCACGAUGGAGCCGCCCCCUUCCUCAUCAUCAACCACACCCUGGAGCAGACGCUGGAGUUCUACCAGAGCAGUCAGAAGGAGAAGGACAAGCUGAGCCCGGGGAAGGCGGUGUACUAUACCUGGGCUGAGCCCACCGGGUCACGCUCCCUGGCCUGGCAGUGUGGUAGCUACAGUGGCGAGCUGAAGAGUGAAGAGGACCUGCGGUUGGACGUGAAUGAGGAGGGUAAGCUGUACCUCAUCUCAUUCUACGAGGGCCUCCAGCGGGUGGCGCUGUUCACCGAGGACAGGCGGGUCUACAAGCUGCUGUGUGAGAGUGAGAAGGCCGAGCUGGCUGAACAGGAGAUCAUCCUCUCCCUGCAAGACGUGGGUGUCUCCCUGGUCAACAACAGCAACCACCAGGAGGUGUCCUUCAUUGGCAUUACCAGUUCAGACGUGGUGUGGGAGUUCAAGCCAAAGAAGAAGUCUCGCUGGAAACCCCUGAGUUUUAAAUAUGCAGCGCUGCUGGAGACCCACUUCAGAGAAUACACCGAGAGUGGAUCAGUGGACAACGCCAUCUUAGACCUGGAGAGCAACUUCCAGGUGUCUCUGACGCCAAAUAGGCAAGACAUGAGGAUGAUGAAGCCAUGUGAUGCUCCAAUCAGGAGGAACUUCCUUCCGGGGGUGAAGGUGGAGUACAGCGUAUCGGCCCGCCAGAGUGCCUACCGUGUCCAGAUCAACCGCAUACAGAUCCAGAAUCAGCUGCCUGGAGCGAUCUUUCCCUAUGUCUUCUACCCAAUAAAACUACCAAAGUCUGUCACCAUGGACUCAGAGCCCAAACCUCUGACCGACAUCAGCAUUGUUACCAGGGCAGCCGGACACUCAGAUAUCUCCCGCAUCAAGUAUUUCAUGGUGCUGAUCCAGGAGAUGGACUUGAAGUUGGACCUGGGUUUCCUCUACGCCAUCUUGGAUCUGUUCACCCCGGAGAAUGCCAGCGUGAUGACAUCAGAGCAGAUGGUGGAGUUGUUUGAGAAGGACAUUAAGUAUCUGAAGACUGAGCUGAACAACAUCUCAGCCGCUGACACGUCCCCUAUCAGUCUCUAUGAGUACUUCCACAUCUCUCCCAUCAAGUUGCACCUGAGUUUGUCUUUGAGUUCUGGAGGAGAGGAUGGUAAUAAGGAGAAGAGGGAGACUGAGGUCAUCCCUGUCCAAUCCCUCAAUCUGCUGCUGAAGAGCAUCGGAGCAACCCUCACUGACGUGCAGGACGUCGUCUUCAAAUUGGCCUAUUUCGAGCUGACAUUCCAGUUUCGCACUCGCCAGCAACUACAAUGGGAGGUCAUCAGACACUACUCGAAGCAGGCGAUAAAGCAGAUGUAUGUGCUGGUAUUGGGCUUGGACGUGCUGGGAAACCCCUUUGGACUGAUCCGAGGUCUGUCUGAGGGAGUGGAGGCUUUCUUCUAUGAGCCCUAUCAGGGAGCUAUCCAGGGACCAGAGGAGUUUGUGGAGGGUAUGGCGCUGGGGGUGAAGGCACUGGUUGGAGGAGCAGUGGGAGGCAUUGCGGGCGCUGCCUCCAGGAUAACAGGCGCCAUGGCGAAGGGUGUGGCUGCCAUGACGAUGGAUGAGGAAUACCAGCAGAAGAGACGAGAGGCUAUGAACAAGCAGCCCAGCGGCCUGAGAGAGGGCCUGACUCGUGGAGGCAAAGGACUGGUCUCUGGCUUCGUCAGUGGGAUCACAGGGAUCGUCACCAUGCCCAUUAGAGGUGCUCAGAAGGAGGGUGCGGCAGGCUUCUUUAAGGGUGUCGGGAAGGGGCUGGUGGGGGCUGUGGCCAGACCCACAGGAGGUAUCAUCGACAUGGCCAGCAGCACUUUCCAGGGCAUCAAGAGGGCGGCUGAGACGUCCCAGGAUGUGGAGAGUCUGCGUCCGCCUCGCUUCAUUCACGAGGACGGGGUCAUCCGACCAUAUAAGGAGAGAGAAGGCGUUGGCAGCCAGAUGCUACAGAAAAUUGAGAAUGGACAGUUCGCCAAGUACAGAUACUUUGCUCACGCCAAAGUAAACGAGUCAGAUUUCUUGAUGAUCACCAAAAGUGGAAUCUUUUUCGUGACCAAAGGCACAUUUGGGCAGCUUACCUGUGAGUGGCAGUAUCUGUUUGACGAGUUCACCAAGAAGCCCAUGAUCGUGGAGGGGAGGAGGCUUCGGAUAGAGGCAAAGGAGAGAGUAAAGUCUGUGUUUCAUGCCAAAGAGUUUGGGAAGAUUAUAAACUUCAAAAGUCCAGAAAUAGCCGAGUGGGUUCUUACCAAGCUGGACGAUGCCAGGGAGAGUCUACACAAGUACUGACUGGUCACUCCAAUAGGGCCACCAACCAGCACUGAGACAUGGCAAAAGUACAACGUUGACUGAUAGUGUGUGUGUGUGUGCGCAAGGGUAGGGUGUGCCUCUGUCAGUAUACUACCUACUCACCCCCAGGUUAGACUUGCUCUUUCAUUCAGACAGACACUCAUACACAGACACAGACACACACACACACACACACACGGACUGUCUGGACAUCUUGCAGACACACAGGCUGCACUAGCUAACACUAUCACUGCUCCGGUUGUACACAGCCAUGUGGCAGAAAUAUCUCCUUGCACUUCCUUAAGCCAGUUUGGUCUGCCAGCGGUUGUAGAAGAGGCCGCGGUGGGAGUAUUCGAAGGCAGUAAACUACUCGCUGAUGUUCUCUGUGUCGUUGGCACAGGUGAAGUGGGAGUAAACAGUCUCUCUGUCUAGGUUCUGCUCCUGGUACAUAUUCAGGAUGAACUCCCUGGUUGCUUUAGGGUCAUUCUGUGUGCGUUUCUCUAUCAGAAGGCAAGUCAUGUCAGGUUGCAGUCCGUGUGUCUGUAAAACAAUGUGUUUGUAUGUGUGUCAAUGUCACUGCUAUGAUUGUACACAAUUAUGUGCCAGAAAUGUCUCCCUUUCCUAAAUAUACAUGUUUGUUUUUGAUAUUUUCUUUGAAGAAGUAGGGUGCCUGAGGGACU